UUCGGAAUCUAGUCACCGCCCCACAGCAGUCUACACCCCAUUCGCACCAUCGCCCAUCCCUUCGCAACAACAGCACAACUGGUGUAUUUCUCCUCUGCUCCUCUGCAACGCCACGUGUAGUUUGGAACUACAAGGAACACCAAGCACUACCUCAGCAUGGCUCAAAAAGUCGUCGUGAUCGGCGGUGGGUACGCCGGGGUCGAGGCCGCGAAGGGCCUCGAUGCAAAGUUCAACGUGACCCUCGUGACCGGUGGGGACGCCUUCCGGCACAUCGUGUACGGCUUACGCGCGUCCGUGCUGCCGGAUCAGACCCCGAGGAUGCUCAUCCCGUACGCCAACUGCCUGUCGAACGGGACCGUCAAGACGUGCAAGGCCACCAGGAUCAACGCCGACGAGUGCACCGUGACCCUUAGCACCGGAGAGUCCUUGCCGUACGACUUUCUUGUCCUCGCUACCGGAUUUCUCCACCCCAACACCGUCGGCGUCGGAAACAACACCGGCACAGUGGCCGGACAGACCGCCGUCUUCAAGCAGGCCCACGCCACGCUCAAGGCGGCCAAGAGCAUCCUCGUCAUCGGCGGCGGCCCCAUCGGCAUCGAGAUAGCCGGAGAGAUCAAGGAAGAGAUGCCCGGAAAGAGCGUGACCCUCGUUACCUCCAAGGAGCUCAUGCCGUCGCCCACCGUGGCUUUCCCGGCAAAGUUCCGCACCCGCCUGCGGAAGAAGCUCGAGGCGGUCGGCGUGACCGUGCACACGGACGGCGGGCGCGUGAACUUCAGCAGGGACGACAUCGACGCGUGCGGCUUCAUCUCGGGGGAGAAAACCUACUCAUGGACAGGCGGUCAGCUCGAGGCCGACCUCUGCAUCGUCUGCACGGGAGCAACGCAAGCGGCUCCGAUAUACGCAGACAGCGGGCUCCACCACUGGUUGGACGAGAGGGGCCAGGUUAAGGUAAACGACACGUUCGAGGUGAUCGAAGCGCCGGGCUCGGGAAAGGUCUUUGCCGUAGGAGACUGCAUGGAUCUACCGGUUCCCAAAAUCGCCUACCUCGCCGGCGCAGAGGGUGACAGCGUGGCCAAGCAGGUCGCCGCCAGCGCGGCCGGGAAGCCCCUCAAGAGCGCCGCGCCGUCGGUGAUGCCGGUGUCCCUGGUCCCCGUGGGAAAGACCGGAGGCGUUUCGUCCCUGCCGAUGGGGAUCGUCGUCGGGGACUUCAUGACGCGAAACAUCAAGUCCAAGGACAUGUUCGUGUCCAAGUAUUGGACCAUUCUCAAUGCCGGGAAGGCUCCCGCCGCCAUCUGAGCGGAGCUCGCCUUUUUCUUUUCGCUUUUUUUCAUCUCUGUGACUAUCGCACAACGAAAACAAAGAGAGGGGUUGAUUCCGUGAGAGGAACCGCGGGGGUUGAUCACAUUUUUGUUGUCAUUGCUGACGUUUGAGCUGUAUUGUUUGUUUCUUUGGCCUUGUUGUUGUCUGUACUCUGUGUAGACUAGUCUACAUGUUGUAUCAUACUCUCGACAAUCGUGGCUCCGACAUACAUGGCAAGAGGGUGGUGUGACGAAGGCCCUCUCCGCCCUCUUAUAUCGGAGCCCCCUCUUCUCAUUCCGGAAUGAGAGAGCACUCGAGUCAGUGACAAUUGACUUCGACCCUGUGUAUAUCGGAGCCACGACUGUGUUGAGAGAUUUUCGUUGACGUUUUUUUUGUCAGCUCGGGAACGAGCGCAGCGACCUGCGACCAGGGAAGGCAUCAACAGUUACAUUAGGUACCAACGACUGGUCUCGUGGUUGCUGCCACAAUCAUUGGGGAAAGUUUGGGCGAGCGGAACUAUGUGGUAGCGCUACGGAUAACAACGUGCCUUGCAUCAACGUCUGGGGAUGCUUCAGCUGACACCCUUGGUGGAAUGUUGCCCGUCGGUGCCGCUACACGUUCGAGGCUUGCAGUAUCAUCCCGCGCGUGAUCUGUCGCGGACGAUUUUGGGCUAGUCAUUUUGCAGAGGGUUGACACCCACCAGUUUCCUAUCUAUGCGAGGAAUGUUCCCUUCAGAUCUAGGCGUUUUAGUGUGUUCCUGCAACGAACUGAAGGUUUUUCGGUGCCGGGAAGGUCACCCCUGUCUGUCUUGACUUGAUUGAGUCACAUGGCGCAGCAGAGUACGCUUGUUGUGGUUGGAGUCGUACAUUUUGAAGCCGCGAUAUACUAAGCUUUGUAGUUACACCAUCUACACAUGAAUUGGAUUCCUACAGGCCAUCACGGGAUGUUGUGUGCGAGGAUUGCAGAUCCCAACAUGCCGCGGGCAUUCAGGAGUUGCAGCAGGCAUCACUCGUUUUUGCUCCACGGAGAGAGUUCACAACACCCAAACAAGUUAAACAGGCAUAUGGCGAUAGCCCGAUGGGCCCUGGAGCUGGUCACGAGCCAAAACCCACAAGUCAAUACCCGUCAAAUCUCUCUCUCCCACGCAAGGUCCGAGCAACCAUGUCUUGUGUCCAGUAGACAACGCAAGUAAACGUUUCGAAGUCAGAGAGAGUGAAGCUCCUACUAAAACUCACGUGCUACAUGCUGCAUGAAGCAAAUUCUGAUUCUUAUGCGACCUCAGUUCUGUAAACCUUCCAGCUUCCGGCAUCAAAGUAGUCUGCUCUCCUUCGACACAAAUGGGGAGAAUGGGGGGGUGUUCAUGACACGCAAUACCUCCAACGGUUGGUCGAAGUUGUACGAAUAUUCUCUAAUAGACACACGCCCGCGCGUGCGCGUGUCCGUUGGUCAGCCGGCCAGGGCGGUCAAUAUGCUAUAAAUUCCCACGCAGGAGACAGCAAGAGGGCAAAGCACGCACAACCCACUGCCUUCAAAAACAAGACAGUGACGGGAAAGGAAAAAUAAACGGGCAUCCAAUGUACAUACGUACCAUCCAUGAAAGGUCGACACAGCGGCCAUUUUCUCGACAAGGGGCGCCGCCCAUGAGCCACCAGAAGAUGCGGCGGCGCUCCUCUCUUGCGCGGCGAGGGAGACCUACUCAUGUAGAGAAAAGCCCGGCCCUCCCAAGACAGUAAACAGUGCCGCCGCCUUUGCGUGGUACAACUUUCCCAUCCAUGUGCCGGGGACAGGGAUUGCAAAAAAACACAUAUCUUUGAGGAAGGACAAGAGAAAGGACGCGUACCGGACUGAAAGACAACCGACCGCCGGCGUACCGUUUCUCUCUCGUUCUACGCGGCACAACAACGAGUUAUCUUCUUCGUCCCUCGCGGCCUGCCUACACGUCGCAACGAACACAGCCACCCAACAACAAAACGCGUAAACAAUACUUCAAGCCAUCACGUGCCGCGAUCGGUAGUCUAUAGUGUAGCAAUACUAUGGGCUAUCCAAUGCCUGGGUCUUCCCUCGAGAUCAGACCAGUCACGGACAGCUGCUGCUACGACACUGAUAUCUACUGUUAACCACUUCUUUUGGUCUAUACGUACAACCACACCGAAAAACAUACCAUUGAAUGCUUCAAUAGGUGGACGGCUAUCAUAUAGAAGCGACCUUGGUACAGGUCACGCAACACGCAAAAUACCGAAAGUAGACGGAAACCAAAAUCAACACGCACACGAAGGUACAGCCAUCCAACAGCAGUAACAGACAGUCAGCCACUCAACGACUUCUGGUGCUGGAUUCAUACUUUAGCGAUCCCCCCCCCC